CCCCUCCCAGGUUAAUGCACUUGUUCGUCCUCUGCCUGCAAGCCCAGGUAACUGUUCAGUCCCCACCUAAUUUUACACAGCAUGUGAGGGAGCAGAGCCUGGUGACGGACCAGCUCAGCCGGCGGCUCGUCCGUACCUACCAGCUGUACAGCCGGACCAGCGGGAAACAUGUGCAGAUCUUGGACAACAAGAAAAUCAAUGCGAUGGCAGAGGAUGGGGACGUGCACGCCAAGCUCAUCGUGGAGACAGACACUUUUGGGAGCCGCGUGCGCAUCAAGGGGGCAGCCACAGGUUUCUACAUCUGCAUGAACAAGAAGGGGAAGCUGAUUGGCAAGAGCAAUGGCAAAGGCAAGGACUGCGUCUUCACGGAGAUCGUCCUGGAGAACAACUACACGGCGCUGCAGAACGCCAAGUACGAGGGCUGGUACAUGGCCUUCACCCGCAAGGGCCGCCCGCGCAAGGGCUCCAAGACCCGGCAGCACCAGCGGGAGGUGCAUUUCAUGAAGAGGCUUCCCAAAGGCCACCAGACCACAGAGCCCCACAGGCGCUUUGAGUUCCUCAACUACCCCUUCAACAGGAGAAGUAAAAGGACUAGAAACUCCAGCUCCAGGGCAGGCCCUUGAUGUGCCUGCCUCUGCACCUCUCCCGGAGGACUCUCCUCGGAGCUUGGUGGACUUCUAUGUAGAGACUUUCCCAUAUGGGUAUUAAAA